AUGGAUGGAAUCAAAAUUAAAGAUGAUACUUUAUCAUCAGCAUCAUCAUUGCCUAGAACGGUAUAUGCAAAUCAUCUUGUAGCCUAUUCUCCAGUUACAUUUUCAAAUGUCUAUGAAUGGUGUAAUAAUGAAAUUCAAACAUCAAUUUAUACAAUAUGGAAUUUUAUACCAAAAAUUCUAUAUGAACAAUUACAUUAUAUGUCAAAUAUAUUUUUUCUUUUUGUUGCUAUCAUUCAUUUAUUUGCUGAUGGUGCUACAUCAAUAUUUGCAAUUAUUGGACCAUUAUCAUUUGUUUUACUAGUAACAUUUUUAAAAGAUGCUAUUUAUGAUAUAAUGAGACAUCGUAGAGAUAAACAAGUUAAUGAAAGACAAUAUCCUGUUAUGUAUAUUGAUCAAGAUAAUCGAACAAUUCAAUGGAAAUCUGUUCAAUCUCAAAAUAUACGUGUAGGUGAUGUCAUUUUGUGUAAAACAGAUGAAGAAUUCCCAUGUGAUCUUAUUAUAUUAGCAACAAGUACUAAAGAUUGUUCAUGUCGUAUGACAACAGUUAAUUUAGACGGUGAAAGUGCAAUUAAAACACAUUAUUCUAUAUUAGAUACACAUAAUAUAUAUGAAAAUUUUUUUAAUGAUUCAAUACUAUUUACAUUCAAUGACCAAUUUGAUGAAAAAAUGAAAUCAUUAUAUAUCAAAGUUGAGUGUCAACAACCAAAUGAAGAUUUUACUAAUUUUGAAGGUCAUAUCACUUUAACUAAUGGUAAAAUGAAUCAACCAUUGAAACUAUCGAAUGUUUUAUUCAGAGGUGCUAAAUUGAAAAGUACACGAUGUAUUAUUGGUUUAGUUGUUUAUACUGGUCGUGAUACUAAACUAUUAUUGAAUUCAACACAACCUAGACGUAAAUAUAGUUCUCGUGAAAGUAAAGGAAAUCUAAUCCUUUUCACCUUUAUGCUUUUUAUGUCAGCUUUCUGUAUAAUCUUUUCUAUAAUGACACGUAACUGGUCUAUGAAUCAUUUAACAAAUCCAUUUAUUCCAAAAACAGAUUUCAAAUAUUGGUCACAAGUAAAAGGUGUAUUUCGUUUCUUAUUUAUUUUAAAUUAUUUAAUACCAAUAUCAUUAAUUAUUACAGUAGAACUUCAACAAAUUCUUGCAGCUUAUUUUGUAUCAUCUGAUAUAGAAUUAUAUGAUUAUGAACAAGAUAUUGGAACAAAAUCAAAUACUCCACAAUUAGUUGAUGAAUUAGGUCAAAUUAAAUAUUUAUUUAGUGAUAAAACUGGUACACUUACACAAAAUGAAAUGAUUUUGCAUACAAUGGCUGUAUUGAAUACAGACAAAGUUUAUGUAUUCACUGAUCAUUUUCAAAGUGUCAAUAGUAUUAAAGAUAAUACAAUAAAUGAUACACCAUAUAUUUGUAAAUCUGAAAUUAAUAGACUGAAAGAAAUUUCUAGAAAAAUAAAUAAAUUUGGAUGUAUAGGUAUUGUUUAUGAAAAGUUAAAUGAAUUAAAUAAUGAAAAUUAUGAAGAAAAUUUAGCAUUUAUAUCAUCAUCUGAUUCAGAAGAAAGUGAAGAGGAAGAAACAGACUAUAGAGAUGAAUUUACCAAGAAAAUGAAUGAAACUAUUAGGAUGAAAAAAAGUUAUAAUAAUAAACUAUCAAUUGAAUCUUCUUAUCAAUUGACAUCUAAUACACAAUUACCAAAUGAAUUGAUUAAAUGUUUAACAAUUUUAGCACUGUGUCAUACAGUAGAAACAAAUGGAAAUGAUGAUGAAAUACAAAAGUUUAAUGAUAAAAUUCCUCAAUAUUUGGAUAAGGAUAACUUUUAUCAGGCUACAUCUCCAGAUGAAAAAGCUUUAGUCAUUGGUGCAGCUAAACUUGGCAUUCGAUUUAUGGGUUCAUCAGUAAAUGAGAACAAUUCAUCUUCAAGAAUUUAUCGGUUAGAAUAUGAUAACGAUACAAGUAACAGUUCAGAUCAACCUUUAAUCAUGGAGUAUACAAUUGAUGCUGUCCUUGAAUUCGAUAGUGUUCGAAAACGUAUGACAGUUAUGGCAAAGCAUCCAGAUGGUACUUGUCAUAUUCAUUGUAAAGGAGCUGAAUCAAGUAUGUUUGAGAUAUGUCAGCUGUCUACCACACAAUCGCGUCGACUAGCCAAUAAACAUGUAACACAAUUUGCAAUGGAUGGACUACGUACUCUAGUUUAUGCAAGUCGCCAGGUAGAUUUAUCAGAAUAUCAAGAAUUAGUCAAUGAACUUCAACAAGCUAAUUGUCUAUUCGGUUAUGAGCGUAAAAAUGCACUGAAAAUAAUUUACUCAAAGAUUGAAAACAAUCUAAUACUACUCUGUGUGACUGGAGUUGAAGAUAAGCUUCAACCUGGAGCAGAAAAAUGCUUAAAAAAUCUUCGUGAAGCUGGAAUUCAAGUGUGGGUAUUAACUGGAGAUAAAGAAGAGACAGCAAUUACUGUUAGUCGAUCUGCCGGACACUUUGCACCACGUAUGAGUUUGGUUCGUUUGACGAAUUGUGAAGACUUUCAUAGUUUAGCUUAUAAACUGUUCAAUCAACUGGAAGAUUUAAAAGUUCGUCGAAGAGAAAGAGACUUGAAAAAUCGAAUUAAAAAUUAUUUUAAAAAGUCAAUAAAUUUAUUGAAGAGUAAAACCAACUCAGAUUAUUGUAAAAAAGAGUCUUCUCAUGAAAAGUAUUUAUUUGAUAAUGGUCUCAGACAGGUGUUCAGUGAAGCUGUUCACAAUCAGUAUGAUCAACCUCGUCACAGACAUUCACAAAGACCUGGUUCUUCAGGUGAACCUAUUGGACUUGUAAUAGAUGGUAAAAGUUUACGAUAUGCAUUACAUCCAUGCUUACAAACUGCAUUUUUGGAUUUAUGCCUACAUUUAAGUACAGUUCUAUGUUGUCGUAUGACACCACUUCAGAAAGCAUCUGUAGUUCAACUUGUACGUUCAGGUCUAGCAGAAACUGGAAAAUCACCGAUUACAGCUGCAAUAGGCGAUGGUGGUAAUGAUGUUGCAAUGUUGUUACAAGCCAAUAUUGGAAUCGGUAUAUAUGGUAAGGAAGGAAAAGAAGCAGUCCGUGCUUCAGACUAUGCUAUACCACAAUUCAAAUAUCUUCAACGGCUUCUGUUGGUUCAUGGACAUAGAUCUAAUUAUCGAAUAUGCAUAACAAUGAAUUUAUUCUAUUACAAAUGUGUCACUUUGAAUGUGUUUAGUGUUCGGUAUGUUGAACGGCACUUACCAGAUAACAUACUCAAUGAAUAUCCUUAUCUAUAUAGACUGCUUACUCAUCAAGCAAACUUGAAAUCAUGGUAUAUUUGGUUAUGGAUAUUCGAUGGAAUCUGGCAUGGAUGGGUAAUAUUCUAUGGGACCACUUAUAUACUUUCCGGUGGACAGUAUUUCUCUGAAGGUACAUUUUAUGAAUCACAAGGUAGCCUACAACAUUUAUUUGAUAUGAGCCUAUAUGGAUGCGCAACUUUUAUCUUUGUAUGGCUUUCAGUAACGGUGAGAAUUUUCAUUGUAACACGUGAUUACAAUAUUGUAGUAUUUGGUGGAUUUCUGGUUACCAUGAUAUUAAAUACCGGAAUAUUAAUGGCUUUACAGAGCACAACCACACUAGAUAACAUAAAUUUUCGAAGUUAUACAAAAUUAUCCAAAAGUCCAGCAUUCUGGUUUGCUAUGCCAAUUAUCCUAGGAACAGCUAAUCUACCAUCACUAUUAUGGAGGAUAAUAUCAGAUGCAUGGUGGAAUUUACAAAUUCAACUCAGUAAUAUACCACAGAAACAAGCCCGUCAAAGAUACCGUCGAUCACCAGCGGCAUGGAUACGUGCCUUGACAACUAGUUAUCUUGGAUAUUCAUCAGAAAAGAGUACUGAAAAGGAGCCUAUUUAG